GACGUGUCUGCGCCGCGGCGCGGCCCGGCCCGGCCCGGGACAGGAGCGCACAGGGCGGGGCGGGAGGGCUGAAGGAGGGAGGGGGUCGCCGCCGCCGCCGCCGCCGCCGCCGCCACCACCGUUGGAGCCGAGCCCUGCCGCGCCCCGCCAUGUUCAACGUGGAGAGCCUGGAGCGGGCGGAGCUGGGCGAGAGCCUCCUCACCUGGAUCCAGACGUUCAAUGUCGAGGCACCAUGCCAGACUGUGGAAGAUUUAACGAAUGGGGUUGUGAUGGCGCAGGUUCUUCAGAAAAUAGAUCCAGCUUACUUUGAUGAAAACUGGCUAAACAGGAUCAAAACAGAAGUAGGAGAUAAUUGGAGGCUAAAGGUAAGCAACCUGAAGAAGAUCUUAAAAGGGAUACUGGAUUACAACCAUGAGAUUCUGGGACAACAGAUUAAUGACUUCACGCUUCCUGAUGUUAACCUGAUUGGAGAGCACGCUGAUGCUGCAGAACUUGGAAGAAUGCUUCAGCUUAUUUUGGGAUGCGCUGUGAAUUGUGAACAGAAGCAAGAGUACAUUCAGACCAUAAUGAUGAUGGAAGAGUCGGUUCAACAUGUUGUCAUGACAGCUAUUCAGGAGUUGAUGAGUAAAGAGUCUCCCGUCUCUGUUGGAAAUGAUGCUUACAUUGACCUUGAUCGGCAGCUGAAGAAAACUACGGAAGAAUUAAACGAAGCACUGGCAACAAAAGAAGAAAUUGCCCAAAGAUGUCACGAGUUAGAUAUGCAGGUUGCGGCCCUUCAGGAGGAGAAGAGCAGCUUGCUUGCCGAGAACCAGAUUUUGAUGGAACGUUUGAAUCAAUCUGAUUCUAUCGAAGAUCCCAACAGCCCUGCAGGUCGUAGGCACUUGCAGCUGCAGACACAGCUAGAACAACUCCAAGAGGAAACAUUCAGAUUAGAAGCUGCCAAAGAUGACUACAGAAUACGCUGUGAAGAACUAGAAAAGGAGAUUGCUGAAUUGAGACAACAGACAGAAGAGCUUACUACAUUAGCAGAAGAGGCUCAGUCUCUGAAGGAUGAGAUAGAUGUACUCAGGCAUUCUUCUGACAAAGUAGCCAAGUUAGAAAGCCAAGUUGAGUCGUACAAAAAGAAAUUAGAAGACUUGGGUGAUUUGCGGCGGCAAGUGAAACUCUUAGAAGAGAAGAAUACGAUGUACAUGCAAAAUACUGUGAGCCUGGAAGAAGAACUAAGGAAGGCUAAUGCAGCACGCAGUCAGCUAGAGACGUACAAGAGACAGGCAGUUGAACUACAAAACAGGUUAUCUGAAGAAUCCAAGAAAGCUGAUAAAUUAGAUUAUGAAUGCAAACGGCUGAAAGAAAAAGUAGACAGCCUCCAAAAAGAAAAAGAUAGAUUAAGAACAGAAAGAGAUUCUUUGAAAGAAACUAUUGAAGAGCUCAGGUGUGUACAAGCACAGGAGGGCCAACUCACCACUACAGGAUUGAUGCCCCUAGGAACAGAAGAACCUUCAGACAGUUUAGCAGCAGAAAUUGUUACUCCUGAAAUAAAGGAGAAACUCAUUCGCCUUCAGCAUGAGAACAAGAUUUUAAAGUUGAACCAAGAAGGUUCUGACAAUGAAAAGAUUGCCUUGUUGCAGAGCCUUCUGGAUGAUGCAAACUUACGGAAGAAUGAAUUGGAGACAGAGAACAGAUUGGUAAAUCAAAGACUCCUAGUAGUGCAAUCCCAGGUUGAAGAACUACAAAAAUCUUUGCAGGAUCAAGGUUCAAAAGCUGAAGAUUCAAUUCUUCUGAAAAAGAAACUUGAAGAACAUCUUGAGAAACUCCAUGAAGCUAAUAACGAGUUACAGAAGAAACGAGCUAUUAUUGAGGAUUUGGAACCGAGAUGCAAUAACAGUUCACUCAAAAUUGAAGAGUUACAAGAAGCCUUACGGAAAAAGGAGGAGGAAAUGAAGCAAAUGGAAGAGCGUUACAAAAAGUAUUUGGAAAAGGCCAAAAGCGUCAUCCGCACCUUAGAUCCUAAGCAAAACCAGGGUGCAGCUCCUGAGAUUCAGGCUCUGAAAAAUCAGUUGCAGGAACGGGAUAGAAUGUUUCAUUCAUUGGAGAAAGAAUAUGAAAAAACAAAAAGUCAAAGAGAAAUGGAGGAGAAAUUUAUUGUUAGUGCCUGGUAUAAUAUGGGAAUGACUCUGCAUAAAAAAGCAGCAGAAGACAGACUAGCUAGCACAGGCUCAGGACAGUCCUUCCUGGCUAGACAAAGGCAAGCCACGAGCACAAGGAGAUCUUACCCUGGUCAUGUCCAGCCAGCAACUGCAAGGUAGAGAAGCCUUGCUCUUAAAAAGAAAAUUGCCCCAUGAUCAAGGCCACUUCUGUUGCAAGUGACAGCGUUCAACAAAAAGCAACCAGCAUCCUUUCUCUCUCUCCCUUGUUACCAUCAUUAUUUUACAGUUCAGGAAAGGGUUUUAUUAUGGUUUCCUUGUUGUUUUGUAAUGCCCUUUGUUUAUGGUUUUUGAAGCCCAUCUGUCCCUUUUUCUCUCUCUUCCUUUUUCUGAAUGUGCCAAAGUUUUGAAAACAUCUAGAGGAGUGUUGUACAAUAAUGGAAUCUUUUAAACUCGUAUGAAGCCUGGUCCCUCACAAAAAGCCUCAUAUGGGCUGUGUAACAAUGUGAAUCUCCUGUCACAGUUGAUACAUUUGUGCCUAUAAGGGUUGUGAUGCUUUACAAGACUGCGUUUGUUAAAAGGAAUUAGGCUUUUUAUUUUUGUGCUAUCCAGUUGCUUCAAAAAAAAGCUGAAAACUCAUCACAAAAAUUCAAAAUUAAUAUGUUAUUGUGAAAUAUAUUUGCAGCUGAAACACUUAUCAGUAACACGAAAUAACAAAAAAAAUCUCCUUUGUAUAAAGUUUGCUCUUACUCUUGGCAUUUAGUAGGGAAGCAGGAUGAUUUUUAAGGCUUUUGUUGGUCUGCUGGUUUUACGUGUUGCUGACAGAACGGAAUAUUUUUAAAUGAUUUGUCCCACUCUUCUAGAUCAAGUGUGUGGUUAACAUAUAGUAUAAAAAGAUUGAAGAAUAUUUGAAAUGCUUUAAUACGCUACUGCAUCGUCCAUUUAAAAAAAAAAAAAAGCAUUUGUGUUAAUUUUUUUUAUAAUUAUGGACUAACAAGUAGAUAAUGGAUCAAGGCCUAAAUUACUGUUGAUGUUAAUAUGCUUCAGUUGUCAUCCCCUACUAAGCAACUUGCUUUUAAUAUAUUGAUUCAGGGUAUAUUUGUAUCAGUUGCCUUACUAAUGGUACCAGUGCCUUCAGGUGAGCACGUUGCUGACUUUGUUGAAAACUGGCUGUAAUUUGUUGUACUACCUUCCUAGCAUGUAUCUAGUUGAUCAUAUGUCACUCUCUGUAGCACCUUCAUGUUGAUCAGUGGGGUGGCAGAUGGUCCCUAGUAUUAAUUUAGGCCCUGGUCCUACAAAAUUCUGCUUUUCCCCUGAGCGAUUCUACAUCCUGGCUAUCACUUUCAUCAAAGAAUUGAUGGACACAGAGGACCUGAGUAUAGGUUGAAGGCUUCAAUCUAUUUUGUGGUGAUUCUGUUUUAAACAUUUUUCAUUUUGAAACUGUUUGGCCCCCUAAAUGCAUGUUCAGUCUGGUUCCUACAUUUAUUCUUUUACCUUAUUUUGAUGCCCUUCCCAGUGAAGACGUUUCUUCAUAAAUACCUUCAUAAAAAAGGCCUAUUAGCAUUUAGUAAGCAUCUGAAGACAAUUUAGUAAGCAUCUUAAUUCACAACUUCAGUGGAUUGAACAAAGGAUAGUUAAAAUGAGUACACCUAGAUUAAAGGGUAAGGAAUAGGUGGAUGGCGCUCGUAGGUAUUCCUUUAUCCUCAAGUACAUCAUCUGUUGUAAUCUAGGCUAAGAAUACUUUCAAUAUGUGUCUGAAAAAUGUAGUUUUUUUUUCCAGUAAUACAAAAACAUAUUAAGUUCAUUAACUUCAAGUUAACUUCAGAAUUUCUUCUUUUAGUUUGUGUUUUAUUUGGAAGAAAAAUGAUUUUUCUAAAAAUUCUUCUCGUUAAUUCAUGAUGUGAGAAGUCUGGGCUAUACUUGCAAGAUAAAACUGAGACAGCAGAAGUAUCUCUUUGUGUGGAGGAAAGUUAACAAUGGUGGUUAGGCAACAAAGGCAGUUUAGGACAAUUUCUGUAGUUCAGCGAGCUGAUCCUUGUUUUGCUGUCUCUUACUGAGAUACCAAAUGCUAACAGAUCAAAGAAGUCAUAUAUUAGGUAGCAAGAUGACCACAGUUUCUGUGUGAAAUCUUUUACUGACCUUUUUGUGCAAUCCAUUCUAGUCCUUUGAACAACUCUUUACUGCAUGCCGUGUGUGAACAGGAGCAAAUAAGCGAAUUUGAUGUUCUUGCUCGAGAGUAGAGUGUUUUGUGUCACCCAGAGAAAGAAUGUAAGAACACUGAAAACUCCAUUUUUAUUCUAAUCUCACUGCCUUUGUCUGUUAUCAAACUGCCAAAGCCUACUUGUGAAAGAAAGGAACACCAGGACCUUAAAGGGAGGGGGGGGGGGGUCUCUCUUAAAUUUAUUUAAUAAUUUAAUUUACUGUUGCUAUUAGUUGCAUAUCUAAAAUCACUUGAAUAUAAUCUGCACACUAGAAUAAAACUACUUGCUGUAAUUAUUGUAACAUUUAUUUUACUAUUUUAUUUCCAAAGUUCUGAUGACAGACAAAUGCCCCUGAUGGUUGGGAGAUGUGCAAACGCUGAUUAGAAGCUUUGUCUUUAGGUUUUCUCUCGUGGCUUCUCUUCCCUCCCCUCUUUCUGGUUGUUGAUUUUUGUUUUCUGUUCUGUAGGUUCUCCUUGUUCUGUUUGGACUUUCCAUUUUCCCAUAAGACAUUGAGGCUUGUAUUCAACAGAAGCUCAGAGCUUCUGUUGAAGACAAAAAUCUAAAAAUGUAUUGCAGUCUUAUACCUAUGCAUUUAAAGAGCACCUCCCUCUAUCCAGUUCCAAUAAGUCUUUUUUUGACUUCUAAUGGUAGUCAACGAAAUUUAAUUCUGCGUUAUUUAGCAUUUUCCUUUGAUUAUCUGUUGCAUCCAGCAAUUCUUAGCUGUGUGGAGUGGAGUGCUCUGAAGAAAUCCUGCUUGUUUUGUAGUUUUGGAAGCAGCGUGCUAUUAAAAAUCAAGGACUGAGAGUGUGACAUGAGGUAAUAAUACAGAGCUAGCCAGCUGUGAAUGCUGUCUAUUCUUUGUAUCUCAGUAAAAGAAUAUAGCAAAAAAGCCCCAUAAAACAGAAUUCUCUUAGUACAAUACGUACUUCAAAGAAACUUCUAGGAAGACUUUUCUGGAGACCACAAAGACUAUUGACAUCAAAACUGUAGUGACAAUGUUAAAUUAUAGGCUGUCUCGAUACACUACAGAAAAAAAAAAGCCUGCAGACUGGUCUUAAAGGGAAAAAAAAAAAAAAGCUCUUCAGGGCAGUGAUAAACAACUAAAAAGUUCAUGAGAAUGCAUUCCUAACUGCUGUGCUGAGGAUAUUCCCAGAAUAGUCCUUCUGGGAGAUGUAAAUUAAAUGCAAACAACAUGCAGCAGUUAAAUGCACACACAUGUUCGUUGUUUAGAGCUGAAGCCUAGUUUCUGGUCUGACAGAAUGUGUGUGCAGUCCAGUUUAAGUAUUUCCAUGUUAAGUUGUUAGCAAGUGUGAUCAGACACUGCAGAAAAGAGUAUUCGUGUUCCCCAAUUUUCUUAAAGCAACACUUAAACAUUUGGAUCCUAACAUCCAUUUUCCAAGUGUUCUGAUCUAAUUUAGGGGCUGUGUGUUCCAUCCACAGUGCAGAGGAAAACAAACCGUAGCACACAGCUGUAUAUAUUGUAAAAUGAAGCACAUACACAUUGUCUACAAGGGGUUUUUCCUUUUAUCUUUAUGGAAAUGACCAAAUGGUAAUCCUGUGCUGUUCUGAUGAUGUCCCUUGAGGUGGCAGCAUUAACUCUGCAAGUUCUUUGUGGCCUUCUGUUCACGUAGACAGCACUGUCGGUUUUAUAUUCAAUGUGUGUGAAAGAAUUAAUAUUGACAAAUCCUAUUGCUGCUUUAUCAUCAUCUUGAUAGUACGUGGUAUGUGCAAGCUAUCAAGAAAAUUUAAGGGGAUUUGUAGAUUUUAAAGCCCUUGGUAUUUUGACUUAUGCACAUAGCUUUGGUUUUUUCAGUUCUCUAGUGCAUGAGGCUGUCCACGGCUUCCUGGAUGAGCUGUAGUGGGUUUGAUUAUCUUGAUAUGUUGACAUUUUCUGUAGAUAUGAUAAUUGGAAAAUAUUUUAACUUCAGAACUUGUUUACUCAAGUUAGCAAUUGCAGGAAGACCAUCUUGAAUGUGGCUAGUUUUUCCUUCUCUUACAAAACAAAACAGUUCCUGAAUUUUAUUCAUUUUAUAGAUUUCCCUCCCCCCCGGACAGUUUGACAUUUUGCAAGGAUUGAUGAGGGAGCUAUUUUUGCACUCAAAGUCAGAGAUGUAAUACUGACGUCUUGUGGUUUUUGCACGUGUUUUAGGUAGAAUGUGGAUUCUUUUUUUUGCAGUAAUACUAUGUUGAUAAGCUUGACAUCUCCAAACCAAGUUUAGCAAAUUUUGGAGGCAUUUUCUCACCAGUAUUGUGCAAAUAAAUAGCUAGAAGAGGUUUCCUUGACAAGAAAUACUUUCCAGUGAUGUUUUUUCCACUUGAAAAAAAGUAGUUGUGCUUCAGGUGUCACCUGCAGAAUAGUUUGAAAGCUGGAUUAUGACUGAAAUGUGAUCUCAGGAGGUGAUUUGCUUAGAAGGAAACCUCAUCAGAAGCCCUUCCUUAGAACAGCAGUGUUAGCUGACGCUGGCAGUGUGAUACAUGUAGUGUUCUGUUAAAAUGAGAAGGUAAAUCAUAAACGUAAGAGAUUAAAUGUGAAAAUCGGGUGAGCAUGGAAUUUGAUGAAUGAGCUCUUGAGCCACACACGCUGCACACAGCCCAGGCAGUCCAGCUCUAUUCUGCACUGGCAAGGCUUCCCUGCUUUGUGCCUUUCAUCAGGAGAAAGAAGUGGAGUCGUACAUUAUUGGAUAUGCUGGUACAGGAGCCGGCAGUGGCAAGGAGUGAGCCUCACUUGUGCUCAGAGCAUCUUCACAAACCAGAUACUGUUUCUGGGGUCAGGCAAAGGCAGAUGUCAAAUUGUGUGUCGAAUCCUAGCCACAUCUCAAGUUAGUCACUUCCAAGGAAUCCAGAAAACUUCCUGGCAUCACUGAUUCUGUAGCUUUGCUCCUGUGAUGUUCCUUCCCUCUGGAAGAACAGAAAAGGACCAGAAGCCUGUCAGUACUUCUGCAGAAUAUAAUAAAAAAUAAAGUUUGAUUUCUUCAGUUUGAAGGUGGAGGAGACAGAUAAAUUCAACCAUUAAGUACAAAAAUCUGAAGAGCAGUGUGUCUUUCACAGUUCUGCCUUUUGGUGGUAGUUUAAAAACAGUGAAGUGAAAUCUGAGCCUUUGGAGAUCUUUGUUUUUCUAAUUAAUUUUGAAUUGCAGUUGAUGAAGCAUUGGAGACUUUUCCGAUGUCAGUAAAACAGAAACUGUCACUAUCAGCAUCCUCAGACUUCUUUAAUCUUCUAUAGCAAAUCCCUGGAGAUUUUGUCUCUGCUGACAAUCUCACUGCAGUAUUUGGAGAUGCUGAGGAUUUCUCUAGUCCUGGUCUCUGUUUUUGCAUUUUAUUUUAUUUUAGUGGAUUCACUGAAAUACUGGGAUACAAAGGUCAUUUUUAAGUACAUCAUCAGCUUAUUCUAUUGAUACAUAGACCAGCUAAUGAAUGUAGAUCAAAAAUGAAUGAAUGUGUAGAUAGAGAAGUCCUAGAAAACUUGACAAAUACAGUCCCACGGGACAUUUUACCAACACUUGGCACUGUCGCCAAGGCGGCUUCCUAAACAAAUCGUUCUGGUAUCUUAAAAUACUUGCAAUAUUAUAAGAUAGUUGCAAUAAAACCAUUAGGUUAUUUUUUUAUUAUCAGUAUUUGAAUAAAACAUUCCUUAUGCAGUACAGAUUUUAUAAAGUAGAGACUUUUAGUUCUCAGCCACCAGAAGUUGGUAACCAGGAGAAGAAACCUGUUUCUUGGGGGUGUCAGUGGUUUUGAGGGAUUUUUAAGUUCAUAUUUAACAAUAUCAAUAAAAUCUUGAAACAGUAAUAAAGGGGAUGUUUUAAGGCCACAAUUCUUAGAAUUUAUAAUCCACUUUGUAUUCAGUGAUAGUAAGAACAAAAACUUGAAGUGACAUUAACACAGUUCUGAAAAGAUGAGUUAAUGGGUUCUUUGAGGCCUAAAAUCUAAAGGAAAUGCUAUGGGAAAAGAAAGAAUAGAUGCAGGAAAGAAAAACUUUAGCAGUAGAAGCCAUUAAGUGAUUUUAGAAAUAUUUGGGAAGAGUGUAGUGUUAGACUUGAAAGUAAGGACAGUACUAAGUAAGUACUGCCCAUGCUUUCAGGUAAGUGCUGUCCUUAAUUGCAAGUAAAGAUGCGUUGCCCUGAUGACUUUGGUGAUUCUGUUACAAAAUACUAGUUAUAGAAAGCAGAUAGCUACAGAAAGCCUCCUCUGUCUUAGGACUGAACAUACACUGAAUAUAAAAGUAGUUCCUUAGUAAGAACAUGAGGUUGGGUUGGGUUGUUUGGCUGUUGUUUUUUUUUGUUUUCUUUUUUAUCAGGUUUGUCUUGUGUGAGCACUGUUCUGAAGUCAGUGUGUUGGUAGGUGUCUCCAGAGCUGGCCAGGUGAGUGAGAAGGAGAGGUUCCCAUCCCUCCUGAGGCUGUGAUGUGCAGGAGUUGUCUGUCAUGUCUGCAUGUGGAAAAAACACAGGAUGACAGAGAGAAGUUAAGGAGGUUUUAAGUCACUAAUUAACCACUUACAAUGAAGUGGAGCUAAUGAGAUCUGGUGCUGAAUAUUGAAGGGAAAUGUCUCACCAAUAAAUAAUCCCCCAGGCUAACAGCAAGCCAUCAGUUACAUAUAGCUGAAGUAUUUUGUACUGAUAAGAAAAGGGAAAGUCACUCCUCUCUAGGCAAGUCCUAUGCCGAAUAAACUGUCCCAUUCUGAAGGUGCCACAGGAAUAGUGACAGGUCAUGCUGAGUGAAUUUACACUCACGUUUCUGUCAUCUUCCGGAGUGCUGCUGCAACAGGUAGCUUCUGAAAGUAUUGAUUCAUUUUGAGAAGUUCCUCAAGAGAAAGAAAUUAACAGACAGUUAUUCUGGAGCAAGGUAAGAAUUUCAGGUUUGAAAAGGGCACUCUCAGAUGAACCGAGGUAUCUGUGCAUCCUCAAAAGAGAAGAGAAUACACUGUCCAGAAUUUACAGGUCCUCUUUAAAAGUACUCAUGUCCCAGGGAAAAACCUGCAAUGUCAUUUCUGCUUAUGUGCAUCAGGUCACUCGGAGCAUUACAAAACAGUAAGUCUGAACUGUGUAAUAGCCAGGUGAGAUUAAAGGAGUAGCCUGUAUUCAUUUAUGCAUAAUAGAAUAGGUAAAUCCUUAUAUAGCUUGAACUUUUAUUUUUUGACUAACUGCAGUAAUCUUCAUAUAAUUAAUCCUGAGCUCUGUAACUUUCUGCAUCCAGGCAGUGCAAAGCAAGUGUAGCAGCGCAUCUCAGACAGUAGUUACUCCACAUACACUCCCAAGGUCUGCUUUGAAUGUGUUCUUUUUAAACGUUUUCUGGGUUUGUUCCAUUUGAUUUAUGUGUGUAUCUUCCUGUUUUUCAACUGUUAGCUGAUCAGUAUUCUGAGCAGGAAAAAAGAGGGACAUACAAGCUGCAGGACUUGCAGCAGAAAGACCUUUUAUCACUCUAAGACCUUGAGUUUAGUUAUGAAUAUUUUUCCUUCUGUAUGUAACCUGGGUUUUUCCUGUCACAGGAGCUGUUCUUAGAACUGUGCUGGACUAGUGCAAUAUUAGGGAGUCAGAAAUGGGGAGAGAAACGGUUUGCACAGUGUGAUUUCAGCGGGGUGAAGCUAGUGAGGGACAAGUGGAAGUGAGAAUGAGCAGUUAGUGCUCUGCCGUGCUGUGCAAGGGUGUUUGUGCUGCUUGGGGAACCUGAAAGCACUGUAGCUGUGUUAGUAAAGCAUUCCACCUGUCAGUCCGCUGGCCACAAGGGAGAGUGUAUCAGCUGGGAUGGAGCAAUACGCAGCCUAUCCAGCUGUCCUCCAGACUUAGGUUCACUUCUGCAGUGUUGUGGUGUGGUCUUAGGGCUCCUACUUGGUGUGUUUUAACAAGAAUAUGUGUAAUUUCCUUGUGAUUAAAACCUGCAUGCAAUGAAUGAGUAGCGCUUGCCAGUGUAAUACGGCAGUGAUGUCGUUUUGGUGUCCUGCACAGAAUGAUCUGUGAUGAAAUAUCAAUGCUUCAAGUUUAUUUGCGGUGCUCAGAGCUUGAAGUCUCAGGCAGAGUCAUUUUGACCCUGAUGAUUGUCUUUUAGUUUAUAACCAUGCACAGUAUUGGACAGGCACCUUUCACUUUAUAUUGAGCUUGAUUUUUUUUUUUUUUUUUCCACUAGUCGUACUCACAGACAGCAGGAAUGCCAGAGAUUUUCAUAGCUGUGUAAACUUAGUUCCCAUAGCUAUGUUAGCAGAGAGUGGUGCCCUGCAGAACGUCACUCAGAAGUGUUUAAAUUUGUCUGAACUGUGUCUAAAUUUUUAUAUUUGUUUGAGGCUGUUUUGUUGCUGUUCCCAAUUCUUGGCCUAUAAUCCUCCUGUUACUUUGAAGCGCUGACCUGGCAAAGAUGUUUUCCCCGUGAAUUUGCACAAUUCGAAGUAGAGACGGCCUUACUGAACUGCUUUGAAAAUACUUGUUCUGUUCUCUGUUUUUUUAAAUGGUGAUGUGAUCUGCUUUUUAACUUUCUCUUUAUUCUUUUAUUUGCAGUGAUGUGGUUGCAUGACCUGCAGCAUUGUUAUAACAGGGACUGUUCAGUGCAUGACUUGCUUUUCUGUCCAGACUGCAUAACCAAAACUUAACCAGUUCUACACUUAAGACUCAUGGGCAUCUGAUUUCAAAGGGAGAUCUACUUGCAGAGAAGCCUAUCAUCUUGGGAACUGGCUUUCCCAUUUCCCGCUUCCAUUUACUAUUUAUCUUCACAAAAAGUCUCCUAUGAGGCUAACAGAGAGGAAAUCCAGUAUUCAGAGCUCUACAGGAGGCGUUCUGCAAACUGACAGAGCACUGUCAGCUCUCCAUUUUACUUCUGUCUGUCCACUCCAUUUAAUUCUGAUUAACAGCAUUAACACACAGACCUCCUGCAACAUUUUCAUAUACUGAACUAUAAAAACCUAGUCUUAAUGAGUUCCUAAAAAUGCCUUUUGGUUACUGUUAAAAUUUUAAAGCACCUGCACCCUUAAAGGAUAUACUUUGAAUUUUAAAUAAUUAAAAGUAAAGCCAAGGAGGUGUUUUACCAGGAGAAAUGACUAAUGAAUUGCUGCUUGGCCAGCCCAUCUUCCUUAGAAAACCAGGCAAGGUUCGUCAGAUAAUCUCCGAGACAGGCAAACUACUGUGCAGUCCUUUGCUCGCAGACACUGCCUGCUUCCUUACUAUGUAUAUAUGCAGUAGUUUGUGGCUGUUGUAUUUUUCUCUCUAUGUUUUAGCUGUGUUGUCUGUUUCUUUCAGAAACGUUUGUUUUUUUUCCAAUCUGUGUACAAUUGUUAAACAAUCUGAGGGAAGAACGUGAAUGGAGAUAAGUAUGAAAGCUGUCGACACUUCCAGUAUUAUGCAGAUUGUCCUUGCCAGUUUAUAAUUUGGGUUGUUUAUAUUUUACCUGUACUGUUUCUUUUCUCAUUAUUGCAGUCUUAGCUAUUUCAUUUCCAAUUGCACUAGCUUGGCUAUUUCUUUGUAUUAUGAAGUUUAGCUAUGAAAUUUGCAAUAUUUAGACAGUAUAACUCAAAAUGCUUUUGCCUAUAUUAAUUUAAAGAGCUGCUUAUUUAAUAUUCUUAAAAAAAAUCUGCACAUUUGUACUACUGUAUCUUUGUUUUGUAUUGGACAUCCAGUACUGGCAAGAUCCAGAAGGCAAGGGGGUACUGUAGUGGUCUAAGUGAAGACGUUUGUUGUACAGGGGCUGGCAGGGGAGAGGUGGGGAGGAGGCUGCCCAGCCACAGGCCGUGCCGCGGAAACCCAACAGGGCCUGGAAGCAGAGCACACCCCGAGCCCUGCGGUUUAAGCCCAGUUCUAGGGAAAACCCUGCUCUCGCUCGCCUGGAUCCUAACCCCUCGGGGAGCACGGUGCCCUCGGUGCCCCUGCCCCAGUGCCUGGUGCCAAACCGAGUUGCUUGGAGAAAGGCAGAGCGAGGCCCACCGCUGCCUGCAGCGGGCGGGUGUCCCCGCACAGGGGAGGCAGGAUCCCGGGGCUGGGCUGCCCGUGCUGGUGGUGCUGCUCUGCCUGGCAGUGCCUGGAGGGUGAGGACUUCUCCUCCUGGCCCGGCAGCGCCUGUGGCAGCGCAGCCCAGGGUGGGCUGCAGGAGGCUCCGUGCUGCUGCCGGGCCCAGUCCAGCAUCGCCGAGAGGUCUGCGUCUUCCCAGGUGCCAGCCAUCGAUCCCUUUGUUCUGUGUCAGGGCAAGCUUUAUUAGACAAACCCCUUCCUUUGCGUUGUGUGUCCCAGGCAUAGUUCGUCUCCCAUUUGCUAGUGCCGCUUCUGCCGGGAGCGCGCCCUUCUCCAGGCCACGCUGGGAGCGGGACCGCCCAGCCCAGGGCCGCGGUUCCGCGCGGGGUGUGAGGGGAUAGCUGCUUUUGUCACACCUGCCUGCAAGGGUGCCCCGAGCCGAAGCUUUGCUGUACCUCAUUUAUCCCAGUGGUCUGUGCAGUUUAGGAAACUAUGUAUCGGUUGUUCUUGAGCCUAAGACAUUUAUAUGUAACUGUGUUUAGCUUGACGAAACUUGAGUUCACUAAUGCAACAGAGAACCUGCGGGUAGCUUCCAGCAAACGGGCUGGCUGCUUCAACGCGGUAGCGUAGCACCUCUGCCAAGAGGUGAUUGCGAGCUGCCGGUGCAGAGGUGAUCUCCAGCAUGUCUCUGAUAUACUAACUUCAUUUAUGCUGCAUAGAAAACUCUCUUACUUUCUUAAUAGCAGCUUGUUUGACAGUCCAAAAUUAAGUGUUGACCAAUUAUCAAAGUAACUGUUUGUGAAGUUGACAGUGAUAUAUUUUCUGUAAGAGAAUGGGUUCCUAGAGUGUCAAAACAUUAAUUUCCCAUUUCGGUUCAUCUAUGAAAUGUGUAACUACCAGAUUGUCAUGGUAGCAGUAUUAAUAUACAUAUCUGUAUAUAGACAAAAAAUACCCGGUGAUGACCAUUAGAAUCAAAAGGUUUAAUAUUUUUUCCCAGUCAAAUACACUAAUGCUUCCAAGGUUACAGAAGAGUGUACAGUUGUUAAACAAGUUGUAAAUAAAGGCUUAUAUAAAACGCAA